AUGAUGUUUCAAGAGAAUGGAGAUUCCAACACAAACGACUUCACCAACCCCUCCACCUUCAUCCUGCUGGGCCUUCCUGGCCUGGAUGCGGCCCCUGUCUGGAUCUCCAUCCCCUUCUGCGCCAUGUACAUCAUAGCCAACUUGGGGAACUUCACCAUCCUGUUCAUUGUGGAGAGGGAGCCGAGCCUCCAUGGGCCCAUAUACUCUUUCCUCUGCAUGCUGGCCGUCACCGACAUGGUCCUGUCUACGUCCAUCCUGCCCAAAAUGCUGAGCAUCUUCUGGUUCAAUUCCAGGGAGAUCGAUUUCAGUGCCUGCCUCACCCAGAUGUACUUUAUUCUCAGCUUCUCAGUGAUAGAGUCUGGGAUCUUUGUGGCCAUGACUUUGGAUCGCUAUGUGGCCAUCUGUGAUCCCCUGAGGCAUUCGAUUUUCCUGACAAGCUCCCUGGUGGCCAAGAUUGGCCUGGCCGUGGUGCUGCGUGGCAUCAUGCUCAUACUGCCCUAUCCCAUCCUGGCGAGGCAGUGA